CGAGGCCAAGAGAUAGAAAGAAAAGUGGAUUGAAUUUGUUUUUAAAUAGGAGUGAAUGUCAACUCUAUGUCACCGUACAUUUCAUUCAUAUCCGGUUUGCUUUUACUGUUGCUCUCCGAACUUUACCCUAGGAUUUUAGUCAUGAAUCGUGAAAACCAGAUUGGUGACGAAAACAAAACCUACGGAAUUCCCCCAUGGCCAAAUCUCGGGCGACGUGGUGAAGGAAACGGUUUCGUUGGUCACGAUACAAGCAGGAUAGAUGCCAUUCCGACUCCACCACCAAUCCAAAAGGCAGACAGUGGCCUUCCAGUCGUACAUGACUCGGUUAGCGUUUUUCAAGUGGCGGCUCUCACAAGCAACAAUCCAAAUUUUCCACCAGAGGAGCAUGAUUCACUGGACAAUAACGUGGCACAAUCAGCGAUGCAUCCGUAUCGUGUUCCAAGAGUCGGAUUCAACAAAACGCAGUGCACGGUGUGUAACCUGAAAACCAUCCGUUUUUCCCAGAAAAGUUGCGGUCAUGUAGUGUGUGGAGAAUGUUUAGCUCCCUAUGAAGGAAUGCCUUGCAAGAUCUGCAAACAACCCGUGAUCGGAAUACAUCAGAUAGAUGCGAACGUCUUUGCGUAACAACUCAUAUUUAUUAUACCAAAUAGUAUGCCAGAAUUGCUUGCAAAAAUAACCAAGAACUGACCGUUAUGUAUCGAUAUAUUAGAAUACCUUAACGAAGCAUCUAUACAUUUCCGUUUUCGAAAUUUUAUCAUUAUUUAAUUUAAUCGCCACAGUAAACUCUUGCAAAAAUGCACGGAUGAUCUCGAUUUCAAAUAUAGGAAACAAUUAAAGCUAUAAGUUAUACAAAUUUAGUCCAAGAACGCCAUGCAAAUGUUCGCGGUCUUUUCUUUUCCUUAGUCUCUUGUGUUUCAAAGGAAGUUUUAUAGUGUUUUUUAACCAUAGUGGUUUGAUUACUUUUUGUUUGAUUUAUCAUUUUCAUAUUAACACACACAUACUUUGUACAUAACCAUUAGAUAGUGCUUUUACUUUUAAUCAAUAAGUACACUGUGGCUUUGACGGAGAGGUUUUAUAGUUAUUUUAAUACACGCACUUGAUACACUUCAUA